AUGUUCUCUCAAUAUGCUAUGAGCCCCAAUGGGUCGUCGUCCUGCCCGCCCAUGGAACCGACGUUCUCCAACAGCAGCGAGUACUCCAUGCAGUCGAACGUCGGCUACUGGAACGUAUACAACAUCGACGAGAGCGACUUUGAGCUCUUCCGCCAGGCGUCGAACUCGUCGGUCUACCCGUCGUCCUCGUACUCGUCCUCCUUCUCCUCGUCCUUCACCUCCUCACCAUUCGAGGCGUCCUUUGACAUCACGCCGCCGGUGCUGUGCCCGACGGACGUCAACCAGCAGCUCCACACCCAAUCUCAAUAUUUCUCGCCCGUGCAGGGCUCCUGGCCAGGGGCCGCCGGGGGAAACCCCCAGCCUGCCUCCAUGGAGGAGGGGCUGUUCACGCUGGACCCUCCCUUCACCCCGUCCGAUAACAAACCCGCAAAGCCCUACAUGUGCGCCUGCGGAAAAGCCUUCACGCGGCCGGCCGAUCUGAAGCGACACGAAACCACCGUCCACCGCCCGGUGUACCAGGACUGCCCGGUGGAAGAGUGUCUCCGAAAGGACAGCAACGGCUUCCCGCGCCGCGAUCACUUGAUCGAACAUCUCCGAUCGUACCACCACUGGAACGUGCCCAAGCGGCGGGUUAUCAAGCGCGGGGGUAAGGCGGCCUAG